AAGAGGAGCCAUAAAAACAUGUCUACGUCUGGGAAAGUCAUUAGAUGCAGAGCCGCCGUAUUUAUUGAACCAAACAAACCGUUAACGGUAGAGCAGGUGCUCGUCGACUGUCCGCAAGCGGAUGAAGUGCGGGUCAAACUGUACGCGUCGGGCGUUUGCCGGUCUGACGCCUCGUCUAUAUGGGGCAAAAGGGGCGACUGUUUUGUGCCGUACGGUAAGCCUAUGAUCAAUGGGCACGAGGGGUCCGGUGUGGUCGAGUCGGUGGGCGAACAAGUGACUGAUGUUGAGGUCGGCGAUCACGUGGUGCUGCUUUGGUUACCGCAAUGCAAUCAAUGCGUUAAAUGCAAGAAUCCGACCACAAAUACCUGUAUGGUUGCGCUCAGUAGAGGCGACUGCGAAGAGGGAUGGCUACCGGCCGAUGGGAUCAGUCGUUUUCAUUUGGUUGCCGACGGGCGCCCAGUGUUGACGCCGUCGACCAAUUGCAACCUGGCCACUUUUGCCGAGUACUGUAUCGCCAAACAGUCGAUGGUUGUCAAGAUUGACAAAACACUGCCUCUGGAUGUGAUGUCGGUGUUUGGCUGUGCGCUGCCCACGGGAUACGGGGCGGCGGCCAAUGUGGCCAAAGUGCACGCCGGCAGCACUUGCGCCGUAUGGGGUUUGGGCGCAGUCGGUAUGGCUGUGGUGUUGGGCUGUAAACUGAUGGGCGCUAAUGUAAUCAUUGGUAUAGACAUCAACAGUGAUAAGUACGAAACGGCCAAACAGUUUGGUUGCAAUCAAUUCAUUAACCCUUUGGACACAACAGAGUCGGCAGACGUUGUCAUCAAAUCUAUAUUUAGUAAUUCAUUGUUUUUUGAAGAAGGAGUUGACUAUACAUUUGACUGCAUUGGAAACCAAUCGGUGAUAGAGGCGGCCAUCAGGUCGUUGUGUCCGUCGGGCACUUUCGUGGCCGUCGGUCUCCUUCAGCCGCAACACACGUAUACACUGCCAGUAAUGAGACUAUUGGAUGGCCUGACACUCACCGGCGGUCUGUUUGGCAAUUAUAAGGGAAAGGAUGGCGUUAUUAUGUUAACCAAUAAAUAUAAAACUGAUAGUAAUUUUAGGCGUUUAGUGGAUCAGUUU